AGACUAGAAGAAGGAGGCAUAGUCACCAAGUCACACAAAAUAAUAACGGAACUUAAGUUUUCGAGACAAUUUGAUUUUUGUGUUAGUUGCAUUGCAACCAUUUGUGCGUGUAAAAGCUUUUCGCCAGAAAACGGUUAAAUUGAAAAAAAUAUUAUAAAUAUUUAAAUAGAAUAUUAAACAUAAAAAUUUCUAGAAAAUUUAUUAAAAAUAUGAGUUGUUGUUAAUUUUUUUAUCAAAAUUCUUUUAAUAUUACAAAAAAAAUAGUUUAAAAAAUGUUUAUUUUAAAACGUCCUUUAUUGAUACUGUGGUGUCUUAUGUUAUUGUUUGGAAUAUUGAAACUUCAUUGUCAAGGAAUUCCCAUGACAUCUUGGGACACAUUGGAUAAUGAUUGGUCUAAAAAUGCCACAAUACAAACAUUUGAAGACAAUCCAACAAAUAGCUCCAGAGAUCCACCUCAAAGAAUUCUAACACCAAAAAUUAAUUCAGAUUUUAAAGCUUCGCGUAUUUAUGAAUCUUUUACGAUCACAACAGAUAACAGACAUCGAUUUCGUUCAAAAAGAUUUGAUGACUAUACCUCAGCAUCAUCCACACCAGAAGUAACACCUUUCACACCAAAUCUAUAUAAUAUUACUAACGAUCCCACCAUUAUGCGUAAACGUACAGCCUCGGCUGAUAUGUUGAGUCGUAAUAUAUCUAUUAUAUUGGAAAAUCUUUUGAAAAGUUAUGAGCAAUCGCAGUUGCCAACACAUGGUCAAGGUAUUCCCACUGUUGUUCGCACCAACAUUUUAAUACGCAGCAUGGGUCCAGUCUCAGAACUAGAUAUGGACUAUUCAAUGGAUUGUUAUUUUCGUCAAUAUUGGAGAGACAAACGUUUAAGUUUUCAAGGUCCCAUUAAGAGUUUGUCAUUAAGCAUAAAAAUGCUGGAUAAAAUUUGGCGUCCCGACACUUACUUCUACAAUGGUAAACAUUCUCAUAUACAUACCAUAACGGUGCCCAAUAAAUUAUUGCGUUUAGAUCAAGAUGGUGGAAUAUUAUACUCCAUGCGUUUAACCAUUAAGGCCACCUGUCCCAUGGAAUUAAUCAAUUUUCCUAUGGAUCAUCAAUCAUGCCCCCUAAUUAUUGGUAGUUAUGGUUACACUAGUCGCCAGUUGGUUUAUGAAUGGAAGGGUGGUGAUGAGGCUGUUUCCUUUGUACCCGGCAUGACUUUAAAUCAGUUUGAUUUGAUAAGCAUGAGAAGUCGUAACUUAACUUAUGCCAGACGAGAGGGUGAAUUUUCAACUUUACAUGUAGCGUUUAAUCUUAAAAGGCAUACGGGGUAUUUUUUGAUACAGGUUUAUGUACCUUGCAUACUGAUUGUCGUCCUCUCAUGGGUCUCCUUCUGGAUACAUCGUGAAGCUACCAGUGAUCGUGUCGGUUUGUGUGUAACAGCCGUUUUAACCCUAUCAACUAUCAGUUUAGAUUCACGCAUCGAUUUGCCAAAAGUAAAAUAUGCCACCGCUCUCGAUUGGUUUCUGCUUAUGUGUUUUCUUUAUUGUAUUGCCACCUUACUGGAAUUUGCUGGGGUACAUUAUUUCACAAAGGUGGGAAGUGGUGAAAUACCCGCCAUUAGUGAAGAUGAAUGGGAGGAUAUGGAAGAAGAACAAUUAGAUUAUGAUGAUGUUGAGCCCGAAUUACCCUCUAUGCGAGAGAGUAAUGAAUCAUUGGCAGCAGAACUCUCACAGAAUUCCGAAUAUGCUCAAAACUUACCAGGUGGAUUUCGUAAACGUAAUGCCAUGAUUUGUCCCAUAUACGAUGAUGAUCCUACCCACAUUUUCCAAUGUCCCUCUUCGCAUGCUUCUACCAUGGAGAGAACAACACAAACAGAUGCACCAGUUAUAUCGAAAGCGAAACAAGUGUGGUUGUGUUUUAUAGGGGAUGUGAAAUUUCGUAAGGAACGUGAACGUGAGGCAGCUGCUAAUAAAAAAGGGCCGCGCUAUGUAAAUAGUGUCUCUUUAAUCGAUCGCAUAUCACGCAUUGCCUUUCCCAUGUCAUUUGCUCUCUUCAAUCUCUUAUACUGGUUGGCCUAUGGUAUGUUUAAGAAAGAUUUUUCUUGGCCUAAAGGUUAAAAAAGUGAAAUUAUUGCUGCCAUAACUAACAAUAAACACAAACAAGUCAUAAAAAGCAUUCUUGCUGAAAUGCAUAUCGCUCAUUUACUACAAAACCGGUAUAAUCAAAAAGUAGCUUUUUGAGUAAAUCAACAUUAACCCCUUUAUUCACAAACAAAAUUUUUAUUUUAUAAAAGGUUUAUAAAACAAAAUUUCCAUACAAAAUCUAAUUUAUAAACCGUUUAUAUAAUAAAAUAUUUGUUUGUGAAUAAGGGGAUAAUAGUUUUAUAACAUUUUAUUAUUUAUUAAAUAACUUUCAAACAGAUCGCCGGAUUUCAAAAAUAAAACCUGAUAUAUAAAGUAGGUGCUCAUCUGAACUUAAACUACUCUCCCCACUAUGGUGGUGUAGGGUGUAGUCAUUCGCACACCGAAAAUAAAAGACAAAACUAUUUGAAAGACUUGAAUAUUACAUAUAUUUUCUAGUAUUCAGUCCAAAAACCCAAAUGUUGGAUUAUGACAGUCUUGUAGUAAAUGAGCGAUAUGUAUGUAUGCAAAUGAAUUUAUGCAUAACCGAAUGUAAACACACUCUCACACAUACAUACACCCUCAAAGACACAAACAAAUAAUCCAAAUUUUAUGCUUUUGUUACUCGUAUUAAUCCAUUGUUUAUUGCUAUUGUUGUUAUGUACUAACAAAAAC